AUGCUUUGGUUUCUGAUUUUCUACUGGUUUAUCCAAGGUAGGACCAGUAAUUUUGUUUUUGUGACAUCCUCACUUUUGAGUGUUUUCUAUUUGAUGUAGGCUAGACCAAUCCCACUGCAGGUGCCAAAUGGUUGACCAUGUUAUUGUGUAACAUGUAUCAUGUUUUCCUUCUGUAUUGCAGUGGGCAGUGUUCUCAUCGACAAUUCCACAAAUGCUACUACUUCAAAUGCUACUUUCCCUGCCACAGGUAGGUAGGGUUGCAUUGGGGACCAGUUAUUUUGUUAGUUGAUAAGCUGAUAGCUAGGCCUAUUUUCUGUUUUCCAUUUUUCAAUUUAUGUUGGCCAGCCCCACUGCAAAACUAUGUUCUUGUAUUGUUUCUCUGUAAUAUUUUAUUUUCUUUCUGUAUUUCAGUGGGCAAUACUACCAUCCCUAACAAUUGUAAAAAUGCAACUUUCUCUGCAACAGGUAGGCCUCUACUGUGAUUCUCAAGUCAGUCUCAUGAUGUGAUGGGCCAAAAGAAACAAUUCAAUCGGUUGUCUUCAAGUUUAUGGCUUAUCAAUAAACAUAAUGAUAUUACAAAAUUAGUAAACAAUUCCUUUUAGGUUCUACUGCCUCAAUGGGGCCAUGUCACAGACAAAAUGAUUGGGUUAAAACGGCUGAAACCAGAGAAGGUAACACAUUUAUUAGAUGAAGGGCACUAUCCUGGACCUCUACCAUGAGGUCUGGACUUUAAUGGCACUGGAGGUAGGGACUUGUAACCAGUACAUGUUGUGUCAGUGUGGUUGUUUCAGACCUUGUCUCUGUUACAGAGGGCUUACAGCUCGACCUUGCUAUCACGGAGGGAGACAUUCUGAUUUCGGUGAGUCUGAUCCCUGCUUUCUAUACUGUUACUGCGUCUUUUAGGCUGACGAAUCAGAUUGAUACCAGCUUCUGGUAUACACAGCCUGAAAGUGAUGACUGCAAAAUCAUUCAAGCCAGAUUGUUCAAUAAAAUUACAUUUGAACUUGCGCUACUGGUUGUCCAUUGUGAUGGUUAUUCAGAUGGUUGAAAUUUGAGACAAAAUAUCCACAGGAAAAUACACAAUGCAUGCAUACUAACUGAAGUCAGCAGGUGUUUACAUGUUUUUGCACGUGUGCCAGGUGAUAGAAAUUUCUACUUAAUUACCGCCACACUAAAAAGUUGGAUAAACAGUUAUUUCCUGUGGAUAUUUCGAACAUCUGAAGUGACCAACACCACGGACAACCGGUAGAGUAAGUUUCAAUGUCAUUUUAUUCAACAUUCUGGCUUAUAAAGAAAACUUAAACUAUCUUGUAGUCAUUCGUUUCAGGCUGUGUAUACCAGAAGCUGGUACAGAGCCUUGUGAAAGUAUUCAUACCCCUUGACUUAUUCCACAUUUUGUUAUUACAGCCUGCAUUCAAAAUGGAUUAAAUUAAAUAAAAUCUAUCCCAUCUACACAAAAUACCCCAUAAUUACAAAGUGCAAACAUGUUUUUUGACAUUUUUGCUUGUUGAUUGAAAAUGAAAUGCAGAAAUAUCCCAGAGUCAAUAGUUCGUAGAAGCACCUUUGGCAGCGAUUUCAGCAGAGUCUUUCUGGGUGAGUCUCUUAGAGCUUUCCACACCUGGAUUGUGCCACACUUUCCCAUUAAAAAAAAAAUAUAUAUAUAUAUAUAUAUUCAAAAUUAUGCAAGCUGUUGAUCAUUACUAAACCAUUUUCAGGUCUUGCCGUAGAUUUGUCAAAACUAACUCGGCCACUCGGGAACAUUCUGUCUUGGUAAGCAACUCCAGUGCAGAUUUGCCCUUGUGUUUUAGGUUAUUGUCCUGCUGAAAGGUGAAUUAAUCUCAGUGUCUGGUGGGAAGCAGACUGAAACAGGAUUUCCUCUAGGAUCUUGCCUGUGCUUAGCUCAUUCUCUUUCUUUUCUAUCCUGAAACUCCCCAGUCCUUAACGAUUACAAGCAUACCAAUAAUGUGAUGCAUCUGCCACUAUGCUUGAAAAUAUAGAGUGGUACUCAGUAAUCUAUUGGAUUUGCCUGUAACAUUACUUUGUAUUCAGGACAGAAAGUGAAUUGCUUUGCCACAUUUUUUGCAGUAUUACUUUAGUGCCUUGUUGCAAACAGGAUGCAUGUUUUGGAAUAAGUUUAUUCUGUACAGGCUUCCUUUUCACUGUCAAUCAGGUUAGUAUUGCAGAGUAACUACACUGUUGUUCCAUCCUCAGUUUUCUCCUAUCAAAGCCGUUAAAGUCUAACUGUUUUAAAGUCACCAUUGGGCUCAUGGUGAAAUCCCUGAGCGGUUUCCUUCCUCUCCGGCAACUGACCUAGGAAGGACACCUGUAUCGUUGUAGGGACUGGGUGUAUUGAUACACCAUCCAAAGUGUAAUUAUUAACUUCACAAUGCUCAAAGGGAUAUUCAAUGUCUGCUUUUUUUUUUAACCAUUUACCAAUAGGUGCCUUUUGCGAGUUAUUGGAUAACCUCCCUGGUCUUUGUAGUUGAAUCUGUUUGAAAUUCACUGCUUGUCUGAGGGACCUUAUAGAUAAUUGUAUAUGUGGGGUACAGAUGAGGUAAUCAUGUUAAACACUAUUGCACAGUGAGUCAUGCAAAUAAUUGAUUUGUUAAGCACGUUUUACUCUUGAACUUAUUUAGGCUUGCCAUAAAGGGGUUGAAAUACUUAUUGACUCAAGACGUUUAAAGAUGUUUUUAAAAAAUUAAACAUAAUUCCACUUUGACAUUGUUUGUCGUCCAGUGACGACAAUCUUAAUUUAAUCGUAGUGGGCGUUUCCAAUGGCACGGUUUUAGAGGCCCUCUUGGCCGCAGAGACAAUGUUGCUGUUUUAAAGCUAAUUUCCUGCAAUUAUGCACAUUUUGCAAUUGCUUAUUCCUUGUUCUGAUGCUCGGUGUGACUCAAACAUUAUACAAUCAAUGGGGGCCCCUAUGCCAUGACAUCUUUGACAUUUUAGAUUCUUCUGGACUGUAGUUUAUUUUGUUAGUUCUAAAAGAUCUUUAAAAUAAAUGUAUACAACAUAAGGAACACUUUCCUAAUAUUGAGUUGCACCCCAUUUAUACCCUCAGAACAGCCUCAAUUUGUCAGGGCAAGAACUCUAUAAGGUGUCAAGCGUUCCACAGGAAUGCUGGCCCCAUGAUUAUUCCAAUGCUUCCCACCAUUGUCAAGUUGGAUGGUAGUGGAUCUCUACUCCGACAUAGCUCGUUCCAUCUCAUCCCAGAGAUGCUUAAUUGGAUUGAGAUCUGGUGACUGGGCAGGCCACUGUACUAAGCUGAAUUCACUGUCAUGUUAGUGGAACCAUUCAUGGACAAUCCUAGCCUUGUGGCAUGGGGCAUUAUAAUGCUGAAAAAAUCUAUUCACAGAUGUAUAUACUGCUGCCAUGAAGAGAUGCACCUCAUUUUAAAUUGUGUUCAAAUAUCCUGUGGCAUUCAAACGUUGCUCCACCACAAGGGGCCCACUGUGUGCCAUGAAAACGCACCCACAUCAUCACACGACCACUGCCACUCACCAGCCAGCAAUGUUGACACGCGGCAUGAUGGAUGCAUGUACUCGUGGUUUUCUCCGUACCCUAGUCCUCCCAUCAGUGUGUUAUGGCAAAAAACGGGUUUCAUCAUGCCAGACAAUGUUUUGUCUGGUCCAGCGUUUACUUAGUCCACUGCAACAGUUUCUUGUUUUUUGCUGAAAGAAGUGGAACUCUGUAAGGUCGUCGGCUGUCAUACCCCAUUCGUGUGAAGGUACAACGAGUUGUGCAUUUUUAUGGGUCUUUGGGCACAAACGUUGUGCUGGACUGUCUGUUGCGCUGCAUAAUUCGUGUCACCCAUUUUGACCAAUUGCCUGCAUUUGGCUUGAUGUCCUUUGGGUGGUGGACCAUUCUUCACACACAGGAAACUGAGUGUGAAAUACCCAGCGACGUUGCAUUUCUUGACACUCAAACUGGUGCGCCUGGCACCUAGUACCAUACGCUGUUCAAAGGUACUUCAAUAUUUUGUCCUGCCCAUUCACCCUCUGAAUAAUGAUAAUUUAUAUACACGAUCCAUGUCUCAAGGCUUAACAAUCCUCCUUUAACCGGUCUCCUCCCCUUCAUAUACACUGAUUGAACAGGUGACCUCAAUAAGGGAUCAUUGCAUUCACCUGGUCAGUCUGUCUUGGAAAGAGCAGGUGUUCCUAAUGUUUUGUACACUGUACAUUGCUCCAUUAUCUUUUCUAUAUACUUAGUCUGGUUUUAGUCGUUUAAUUUUACACAAAGGUUUUACCAUUUUAGAAUUUAUAAACAUUCAUAGGGGAAAACGCUGAAAUAAUUUAAUCUCUGAGGCCUAUACUCUAGCGACAGCUGGAUUUAAGUCGAGGUGUUGAUUUGUCCUACAGGAAGACCGAUUAGCUGUGAAGUCACUUUGGCCGGUGAAUGAAGGCGUGACUUCUAUCCCCUACAAGAUCAACGAUGAUCUGGGUGAGUGUCGAAGACAGUAGGAGAGGUGAACACUGUAAAACACUAGAUGUUUUCCAAUACAGUGGGAAUGAUAUGCGCCGUCUAAUGAUAGAUUGUCUCUGAUCCACACAGUGGACAGAAAGGAAACUAUGCUAGCAGCGUUCAAGAUGAUUUCAGACCAGACGUGUAUCCGCUUCCACGAAUACACCAAUGAGAUUAACUACAUAGAGUUCAUCUCUGGGACAGGGUGAGUCCAAAGUGGGCACAUUAACACAUUCUCUCCAUCCCAGCAGUUUACAGUUAACUCACAACCUCUCCUCCCUUUUCCUGUGUUCAAUCCUUUAUUUUUUCCCUCUUCCUGUCAUAUCCUCUCUUACUCCUCCCCCUUCUCUCACCUUUUUCUCUUUCUUCACAACACUCUAGCUGUGCGUCAUAUGUAGGUUUUCAGGGCGGGGCCCAGCAUCUGUACUUCGGUAGCGCCUGUAACGAGGGGAACCUGUGUCAUGAGCUGAUGCAUGCCCUGGGCCUGCACCACGAACACACACGGCCGGACCGUGACCAAUACGUCACCGUACAGUGGGACAACGUGGUCACAGGUAACUCGCACCAACACAACAUUCUAAACCACCUGACGGGCAUUGCAUGUGGAUCAGGGGCAGGGAUGGUCAAUGUAUCCCACGGAUAGCUGCAGUGUGCAGGCUUUUGUACAAGCCCAACACUAACACAGCAUUCACAACCAGCAGUGUUCAUCAGUCACACAUCUGCCUCCUGUAACUAUCUUGCAGGAAAAGAAAGUAACUUCAUGGUGAAGGAAGGAGACACUCAGGACCUGCCCUAUGACUACGACUCCAUAAUGCACUACGGAACGUCAGUCACACUCUGCUUAUUCCCACAAAAGGCCUAAUUUUACUCACCUUGUUUUUAAACUGCUAUCAAUAAGUAAAUAUUCAUUUUACUGGGCCUGUGUACAGUAUCCAGUUCCAGUAACAUUUCCCUGUGCGUCCCAAAUGGCUCCCUAUUUAGUGUACUACUUUUGACCCGGGCUCUGGUCAAACUAGGUGCACUAUAUUGGGAGUAGGGUGACAUUUGUGACGCAGUCUUUAUGUUAAAGUAGCAAGUUCUCUGACUGGGGGGGUAUUGUUGCGUUUCUCCUGGCAGAUAUUACUUCUCAUCAAACCAGAACCCCACCAUUGACUCCAAGAAGAGGGGAGUCCAGAUUGGACAGAGAAAUCACCUGAGCCCCCUGGACAUAACACGCCUUAACAAACUCUACCAAUGUGGUAAAGACGUGCACACAGAGAGACAGGAAAAAUAUCAGAAUUGGGCUGCCUUUGUAAAUGCAGCCAUCAUAUCACACUGUAUUCUAACCAUGUUCAUGUCCCGUCUUUCCCAGAAUAACAAUGCACAGUUUAGCACUUAUAACACCAUCGAUGAAGAUUCCAAUACCACUGCUGUCGACUGAAGAUUCCAACACAAAAGGCACUGACAUCUAACUUCUCUUCACGACAAUGAAUUGGAGUUGGACAAGUCCCUUAAAGCUUUCUGAUGAUGUAUUCUACGUGUCUCUGUUUGCAUGCAGUAGUUUGCUCUUGCUGCCAUGAAUUAGGCCUAUACCACUGCACUUGUCUUGGAAAUAAAUACAAUUCCCUAUACUGAAAAGAAUCCAGUCGGUAUGAUGUUGCUUGCAGUGUUCUAUUUCAUUCUAUGAUGGGUCUUCUCAGCUAUGUUCAUCAUACAUCUCAAGGUGGGACCAGAGAUUCAGUAGGGCUAGCAUAGCAGGAGAGACGACUUAAAUGAAUGGUGAUUUACACCUUGAGCUUGGCCGAACAGCUAAGCAGUAGAGGCAACACAUUUUUGAAAAACAAAGGCGCUGUAACACAGGACUUAGACAGCAGAAUGUCACCCUCUAGAAGGGUGUACUACGAAAUAGGUUUGAGGAGUUGGCGAGGUAACUUUGGUCAACUCUUGAGCUCAACUCAGGAUAACCGGUAGCAUGAAAGGGGUCACCUUUUAGCCAGGUAUACUAAAUAAAAAUAUAAACGCAACAAUUUAAAAGAUUUUACUGCGUUACCGUUCAUAUAAGGAAGUCACUCAAUUGAAAUUAAUUAGGCCCUCAUCUAUGGAUUUCACAUGACUGGGCAGGGGUGCAGCCAUGGGUGGGCCUUGGAGGGCAUAGGCUCACCCACUUGACAGCCAAGCCCACCCACUGGGGAACCAGGCCCAGCCAAUUAGUGAGUUUUCCCCACAAAAGGGCUAUAUUACAGACAGAAAUACUCGCCAGCACUCGUCUUGGAGAAGGAGAAAUGCUCACUAACAGCGACGUAAACAAAUGUGUGAACAAAAUGAGAAAUAAGCUUUUUGGUCAUAUGGAACGUUUGUGAUUUUAUUUCAGCUCAUGAAACAUCGGACCAACACUUUACAUGUUGUGUUUAUAUUUUUGUUCAGUGUGCAUUUCCAUGGCAACAAAUCCUUAAAAAAUAACCUGCUCUGGGGCAGGUUAACUCAUAUAUCCUGAAUGAAGUGCCUGAGAUGCGAGUUAGGACCAAUGAAGUCAGAUUCCCUCACUCUCGCAAAGAUUGCAUCAUCAUCCCCUUGACCAAUAUUGGUAAUAUUAAAAUACCUAUGAUCCAUUUGAAAGUUCAUGCACAGUAAAACUUUUGUAUGACUAUAAAAAAUGUAUCGACAUGAAUGGGGUGAAAAGGUGCUCGUGCAUUGAUAAGCACAUCAGACAUUAACGACAGAUAAAAGACUGCACUUUUGCCCAUAAGAUGGCUCUACUUUUGACUAUUUUACACCAUAGCCUGCUGAAUUUGCAAUAACUUUUCUAGAGCAAAGGCAUCCCCAUACAUAGGUUGUUUGCUCCUAGCAGAACUCAGCUAGGCGAUGCAAACUUCUGUGCUCGCACACCCUAAAGACAUUUGCUUGAUAAAGUAGAAAAAAAGUGGCAAUAUUACUGUUUGUCUCUGUUGAGCCUCCCUAGUAACAAUAUAGCCAGAAACACUUCCUCAAAAUAUAAACAUCAAGAAAUCUGUAAUGAAUUUUUACGUUUUUGCCGAGGAGGACUUUCUCGCGCAAUUUGACAUCAGCUUAGUGCAGUACUUCUCAAGUGAAAACAUUUGCAUGAAAACUAGUAGUCCACUGCAGACAUUAGGGCCUAGCUGGUGCUGUGCUCUCUCAUCUCUUUCGUUGAAUGACAGCAAACACUUCAUUGAAUAAUCUCGUCCAAAGUUCCCACCCCUACUGUGAACCAAUCACCGAUGAAGGGGUGUAGACUUCGACUAUCAAACUUACUUGCCUCAAUAAAAAAAAUGUGUGCGCGAACAGCAGAAUUGUAUUUAUUUAAAAACUAUACAUUAUAUGCGCAAACUCUUUCGACUGGGAAGCAUGUGACAGACUUUAGCUACAUGGGUUCUAUACUACACUAUGGACAGUACUGUAAACUACUCUAUACUACGGAUGCACACUAACACUGUCUAUACUGCACUAUGCAUGAACAGUAACACUGUCUACAUGGUUUCCCACUGUAGAUAUUUAUUUUAUCUAAAUGGAGAGCCCAACAUCCACAAGAAGAUAUUUAUUGUAUUUUAAUUUUUUUGAAAAAAAAAUAGGUAGAUCAGCUUUAAUAUUGCAGAUAUAUUGUAACUUCCAUCAAUGUAAUAGUCUGCGUCACUUCCAAUCCCCCAUAUGUUGUUUUUUCUCACAAAUAUAUAAAUGAUAUAUACAGUGGCCUGCAAAAGUAUUCACCCCCCUUGGCAUUUUACUACCUGGAAUUAAAAUUGAUUUUAUGGGGGUUUGUAUCAUUUGAUUUACACAACAUGCCUACCACUUUGAAGAUGCAAAAUAUUUUUUGGGGGGAAACAAACAAGAAAUAAGACAAAAAAACUGAAACUUGAGCGUGCAUAACUAUUCACCCCCCCCCCCCCCCCCCCCCCCAAAAAAAAAAAAAAAGUAUAUACUUUGUAGAGCCACCUUUAGCAAUUACAGCUGCAAGUCUCUUGGGGUAUGUCUCUAUAAGCUUGGUACAUCUAGCCACUGGGAUUUUUGCCCAUUCUUCAAGGCAAAACUUCUCCAGCAAUCUUUAAGUCAUACCACAGAUUCUCAAUUUGAUUGAGGUCUGGGCUUUGACUAGGCCAUUCCAGGACAUUUAAAGGUUUCCCCUUAAACCAUUCAAGUGUUGCUUUAGCAGUAUGCUUAGGGUCAUUGUCCUGCUGGAAGGUGAACCUCCGUCCCAGUCUCAAAUCUCUGGAAGACUGAAACAGGUUUCCCUCAAGAACAUACAUUCAAUUAGUAUUUGGUAGCAUUGUCUUUAAAUUGUUUAACUUGGGUCAAACGUUUUGGGUAGCCUUCCACAAGUUUCCCACAAUAAUUUAGGUGAAUUUUGGCCCAUUCCUCCUGACAGAGCUGGUGUAACUGAGUCAGUUUUGUAGGCCUCCUUGCUCGCACACGCUUUUUCAGUUCUGCCCACACAUUUUCCAUAGGAUUGAGGUCAGGGGCUUUGUGAUUGCCACUCCAAUACCUUGACUUUGUAGUCCUUAAGCCAUUUUGUCACAACUUUGGAAGUAUGCUUGGGGUCAUUGUCAAUUUGGAAGACCCAUUUGAAACCAAGCUUUAACUUCCUGACUGAUGUCUUGAGAUGUUGCUUCAAUAUAUCCACAUAAUUUUCCUUCCUCAUGAUGACAUCUAUUUUGUGAAGUGCACCAAUCCCUCCUCUAGCAAAGCAGUUGGGAUGGUGUUCUUCGGCUUGCAAGCAUCCCCCUUUUUCCUCCAAACAUAAUGAGGGUGAUUAUGGCCUAACAGUUCUAUUUUUGUUUCAUCAGACCAGAGGUCAUUUCUCCAAAAAGUACAAUCUUUGUCCCCACGUGCAGUUGCAAACCAUAGCCUGGCUUUUUUAUGGCGGUUUUGGAGCAGUGGCUUCUUCCUUGCUGAGCGGCCUUUCAGGUUAUGUCGAUAUAGGACUCGUUUUACUGUGGAUAUAGAUACUUUUGUACCUGUUUCCUCCAGCAUCUUCACAAGGUCCUUUGCUGUUGUUCUGUGAUUGAUUUGAAGUACGUUCAUCUCUAGGAGACAGAACGCAUCUCCUUCCUCAGCAGUAUGACGGCUUCGUGGUCCCAUGGUGUUUAUACUUGCGUACAGAUGAACAUGGUACCUGCAGGCGUUUGGAAAUUGCUCCCAAGGAUGAACCAGACUUGUGGAGGUCUACAAUUUUUUUUCUGAGGUCUUCGCUGAUUUCUUUAGAUUUUCCCAUGAUGUCAAGCAAAGAGGCACUGAGGGUGAAGGUAGGCCUUGAAAUACAUCCACAGGUACACCUUCAGUUGACUCAAAUUAUGUCAAUAAGCCUAUCAGAAGCUUCUAAAGCCAUGACAUAAUUUUCUGGAAUUUUCCAAGCUGUUUAAAGGCACAGUCAACUUAGUGUAUUUAAACUUCUGACCCACUGGAAUUGUGAUAAAGUGAAUUAUCAGUGAAAUAAUCUGUCACAAACAAUUGUUGGAAAAAUUACUUGUGUCAUGCACAAAGUAGAUGUCCUAACCGACUAUGGUUUAAUAACAAGCAAUUUGUGGAGUGGUUGUAAACUUAAGUGUAUGUAAACUUCCGACUUCAACUGUACAUAUCCUUUAAAAAUAUAUAUAUAUUUCCCUUCAUUGCUUUCCAACCCCACCACCCCUUCCCUAAUUGGAGUAAACUAGUGAACAACAAUGCUUAGGCCUCUACUUCCAGCUUAUACAUCAAAUAUACAUUUAAUGGACACAGUCAAUUUUACAAUAAUUCUAUUUUGUUUGUUUUUACUCCUGAACUUCAUCUACCCUCAACCUCGCCAAUCAUUUUCAUGAUGUCCUUCCGGUUUGCUUCUAUAUGCCAUAUCUUUCUAACUGUGCUCUUUCACAAAAGCUCUCAACCUAUAUACUUAUUAUGGACAUAGUAUGCUUUACAUUAGUUAUCUUGUUGUUAUCAUUUGUUGUUAGUUGUUAUUAGUCCCAUCCUUCAGCUCCAUUCAACACCUCCCAUCUAUCUCUUUACACCAUCCAUAUUGGAUUUUGAUUUGCCAUAUAUUUUUCAACUGUACUGUGAUUCACAAAAGUUCUAAAUCCACAACAAGAUAUUAGAGAUGGGCCAGAGAACACAUAGGACUGAACUAAACAUCCAGAAAGUCUGACCGCUCUACAACUGUGGUUGUUUGACAUGCAAUACUCUUUUUGACCAGAUGGCAUCAGAUACAUGGGCUACACAUACUAAGACAGAGGGGCAAUGUUUUGCUGUCUCGGAUGCCUUAUCUGAGAUUGAUGCGUCUUUCUGUCAAUAGUGUGCAACUGCAGCCCGCAAUUCGGGGCAUUCAUGCAUGAGGGCAUUCCUGCAUCUGCAAGAAAGCCCCCCCCCGAGAGACGUUUAGCGGCAUCUGUUGUUGAGGUUGAUGACUUAAAAACAAACGAUUACACCUGCACCUGUUCUGGCGACACAGGAGUUUGAAGUGGAGGGAGUACAGGGCUUAGUAUAUCAUUCGAGGAGGCUAAAAAGAGAUUUCAACUUGGAAAAGUUUAAUAUUAUCAGAAGGAGUCGGGUAAUUUGUUAAGGGAGGAGGAUUGGAGGGAAAGAGAGAGGAGGUUGAAAAGACAGGGAGGCAGAGGAUGGGUUUGUAUCUGUUGAAGCUAGCAGUAACAAGGGAGAGGGUAUGUCGAGGAAGAUUGGUGUCAAGUUCAAACAGAGUGGGCUGGGCAUGAGUUCGAGUUCUGGAGGUGAAAUGGAAGGUGUAGGAGGUGUUGUGAGGAGCUUGGAGCCCGAUCCUUGCAUUGAUGGACAUGGUUAUGAUAAAGAUACGUUUGGUCCAGUGGGAGUGAGAUUUUUGAAGAGGGUGGAACCAGGCCUUUUGGCUAAUUCAUCAGUGGUUUCAGGUUGGGUGGAAAAGAUGAUGGGUGCUGUUGAGUCGGUGAAGGUAACCCUAAGUGGAGGUGUCCGGUGCGAGAGAGGCAGGUUGAGGUGGCCAGGGUCAUUGUAGUACACAUGAUGUUGUAUGAUGAGACAGUGAAGAAAGUAGAGGAGGUUGGAUCAAGGGUGAGAGAUUCUGAGAGGAUCCCUGUGAAUAGCAGAUCUGUGCCAGAACAGAGGGAUAGGCCAAUGAGUGAUAUAUGUUUCAGUAAGGUUGGCUUCUUAGCAUUCAUAGCAAUGGUUAUCAACUGUAACGCAGAGAUGGAACGUAAGUCAUAGAAAAUAGAUGUUGUGGUGGCAGUUGUAGAGAGGUAUUUGGGGGUACGAGAUUUGACUUCAGAAGAGUUAAAGGGUGUGUUGAGUGGUAGUGUCCGGUCCUCUCGGGUCGUUGGCCUGUGUUAGGAUCAGAUAGGGUUAAAGUAGUGGAAUAAGGUGGUGGGUUUCAAUGAGUGUAGGGUUAGUUGGUAGGGAAAUUAAAAAUAUAUUUUAUUGCAUUCUUCUCGUUUCCCCUUUUCCCUUAUUGUAUCACAAAGUGUAAGGGAUUUAUACUAUAGUUCAGUUGGGGGCGGUAAUGCAACAUAUUGGAUGCCAACCGUCUCUAAACCUCAACGAAGAAGAAGAAGAAGAAGAAGAAGAAUGCACCUGUUCUUUUGUGAUUGCUGCCCUGCCCACUCUUUGACUGGAAGGAGAGUGAGUACACAAUUUGUUUGUGCAGCUGCUUUGGUUAUUUUCUCCCAAAUCCUGGUGGACAAUCGUCGUUGCAACAUGCUUUGGCUUCUGAUUCUCAUCUGGUUUGUCCAAGGUAGGACCAGUCAUUUUGUAUUUGUGACAUCCUACUUUUGAGUAUUUUCCAUUUGAUGUAGUCCAGCACAAUCCCACUGCAGGCACCAAUUGGUUGACCAUGUUGUUAUGUAACAUGUAUUAUGUUUCACUUCUGUAUUUCAGUGGGCAGUGUUCCCAUUGACAAUUCCACAAAUGCUACUACUUCAAAUGCUACUUUCCCUGCCACAGGUAGGUAGGCUUGCAUUGGGGACCAGUUAUUUCGUUAGGUGAUAAGCUGAAUGCUAGGCCUAUUUUCUGUUUUCCAUUUUUUAUUUAACGUAGGCCAGCACCACUGCAAAACUAUGUUUUUUCUGUAUUUCAGUGGACAAUUCUACAAACCCUAUCAACAAUUCUACAAAUGCGACUUUCUCUGCCACAGGUAGGCCUCUAUUGUGAUUCUCAAGUCAGUCUCUUGGCGUGAUGGGCCUAAAGAAACAAUUCAAUCGCUUGUCUUCAAGUUUAUGGCUUAUCUAUCAAACAUAAAAUGAUAUUGCAAAAUGAGUUUAAUGUUCACAAUUCCUUUUAGGUUCUGCUGCCUCAAUGGGGCCACGUCACAGACAAAAUGAUUGGGUUAAAGCGGCUGAAACCAGAGAAGGUAACACAUUUAUUAGAUGAAGCAGAACCUGGACCUCUACCAUGAGGUCUGGACUUUAAUGGCACUGGAGGUAGUGACUUGUAACGAGUACAUGUCGUGUCAGUGUGGUUGUUUCAGACCGACUCUCUCUGUUACAGAGGACUUACAGUACGACCUUGCUAUUGUGGAAGGAGACAUUAUGAUUUCGGUGAGUCUAUGAUCCCUACUGUCUAGGUCCUGUUACUUCGUCUUUUAGGCUGAUGAAUCAGACUGUGAUACCAGCUUCUGGUAUACACAGCCUGAAACUAAUGACUGCAAAAUCGUUCAAGCCAGAAUGUUGAAUAAAAUUACAUUUGAACUUACUCUACGGGUAAGUUUGAAAUUCACUGCUCGACUGAGGGACCUUUAAAGAUAAUUGUAUGUGUGGGGUACGGUGAUGAGGUAGUCAUUCAAAAAUCAUGUUAAACACUAUUAUUACACAGUGAGUCCAUGCAAAUAACUGUGCCUUGUUAUGCACGUUUUUACUCCUGAACUUAUAUGGGGUUGAAAUACUUGACUCAAGACAUUUCAGCUUUUAAUUUUCAAUUAGUGUAAACAUUUCGAAAAACAUAAUUCCACUUUGACAUUAUGGGGUAUUGUGUGUAGGCCAGUGAUGACAAAAUCUCAAUUUAAUCAUAGUGGGCGUGGCCAAUGGCAGCGUUUUAGAGGCCCUCUAGGCCGCAGAGUUAAUUUCCUGAAAUUAUACACAUUUUCCCAUGUCAUAUUCCUUGUUCUUAUGCUCUGAGUGACUCAAAGAUAAUAACAAAAUCAAUGGGGCCCACAUUCCAUGCCAUUGUGGGAAUUUUAGAUUCUCCCGGAAUGUAGUUUUAUUUUGGUGAUUAUUAGUUCUCAAAAAUCGUAUAAAAAAAAAAUACUGAGUGUACAUAACAUUACGAACACUUUCCUAAUAUUGAGUUACACCUCCUUUUGCCCUCAGAACAGCCUCAAUUUGUAGGGGCAUGGACUCUACAAGGUGUCAAGCGUUCCACAGGGAUGCUGGCCCAUGUUGACUCCAAUGCUUCCCACCGUUGUGUCAAGUUGCCUGGUAGUGGAUCUUUAUUCCGAAUACCUCGUUCCAUCUCCUCCCACAGUUGCUCAAUUGGAUUGAGAUUUGGUGACUGGGCAGGCCAAUGCAGUAAGCUGAAUUCACUGUCAUGUUCGUGGAACCAUUCCUGGACAAUCCUAGCCUUCUGGCAUGGUGCAUUAUAUAGCUGAAAAAAAUCAAUUCGCAGAUGGAUACACUGCUGCUAUGAAGGGAUGCAUCUGAUUUUCAAUGAUGCUCAGAUAUCCUGUGGCAUUCAAACGUUGCUCCACUUUUAUCAAGGGGCCCAAUAUGUGACAUGAAAAAGCAUCCGACAGCAUGGCAUCACCACCACCACUCACCAGCCUGCAAUGUCGACAUGCGGCAUGAUAGAUGUAUGUACUCGUGGUUUUCUCCAUACCCUAGUCAUCAGCGUGAAACGUCAAGAACCGGGAUUCAUCAGACCAGACAACGUUUUUCCAAUUCUUCAGUGUUUCCACUGCAACUGAGUGUGAAAAACCCAGCAACGUUGCACUUCUUGACACACUCAAACUGGUGAGCCUGGCACCUACUACCAUACCCUGUUCAAACACACUUACAUCUUUUGUCUUGCCUAUCCACCCUCUGAAUGGCACAGACACACAAUCCAUGUCUCAAGGCUUAACAAUCCUCCUUUUAACUUGUCUCCUCCCCUUUAUAUACACUGAUUGAAGUGGAAUUAACAGGUGGCCUCAAUAAGGAUCAAAGCUUUCACCUGGUCAGUCUGUCAUGGAAAUAGCAGGUGUUCCUAAUGUUUUGUACACUGUGAAUAUUGCUCCGUUACCUUUUCUACAUACUUAAUGUGGUUUAAGUCGUUUCAGUUUACACUGCAAAGAUUUUUCAUUCAGAUUGUCAAACAUUCAUAGGGGAAACACUGAAAUAAUUAAUCUGAGGCCUAUACUCUAGCGACAGCUGGAUUUAAGUCGAGGUGUUGAUUUGUCCUACAGGAAGACCGAUUAGCUGUGAAGUCACUUUGGCCGACGAAAGAAGGCAUCACUUCUAUCCCCUACAAGAUCAACAAUGAUCUGGGUGAGUGUUGAAGACAGUAGGAGAGGUGAACACUUUAAAACACUAGAUGUUUUCUAAUACAGUGGGAAUGAUGUGCGCCGUCUAAUGGUAGAUUGUCUCUGAUCCACACAGUGGCCAGAAAGGAAACUAUGCUAGCAGCGUUCAAGAUGAUUUCAGACCGGACGUGUAUCCGCUUCCACGAAUACACCAAUGAGAUUAACUACAUAGAGUUCAUCUCUGGGAAAGGGUGAGUCCAAAGUGGGCACAUUAACACAUUCUCUCCAUCCCAGCAGUUUACAGUUAACUCACAACCUCUCCUCCCUUUUCCUGUGUUCAAUCCUUUAUUUUUUCCCUCUGACUGUCAUAUCCUCUCUUACUCCUCCAUUUCUCUCCUCCCCCUUCUCUCACCUUUUUCUCUUUCUUCACAACACUCUAGCUGUGCGUCAUAUGUAGGUUUUCAGGGCGGGGCCCAGCAUCUGUACUUCGGUAGCGCCUGUAACGUGGGGAACCUGUGUCAUGAGCUGAUGCAUGCCCUGGGCCUGCACCACGAACACACACGGCCGGACCGUGACCAAUACGUCACCAUACAGUGGGACAACGUGGUCACAGGUAACUCGCACCAACACAACCUACUUAACCACCUGAUGGGCAUUGCAUGUGGAUCAGGGGCAGGGAUGGUCAAUGUAUCCCAUGGAUAGCUGCAGUGUGCAGGCUUUUGUACCAGCCCAACACUAACACACCUAAUUCCGCUUUUUGUGGUCUGGAGUGAAGACCAUAUAGGAUAACUAUUGACAUAUAGUAUUUUAUUAGGAUCCCCAUUAGCUACUGCUAAAGUAGUAGCUACUCUUCCUGGGGUCCACACUACAUACAGUUGAAGGCGGAAGUUUAUAUUUACGUAGGUUUUUCAACCACUCCACAAAUGUCUUGUUAACAAACUACAGUUUUGGCAAGUCGGUUAGGACAUCUACUUUGUGCAUGACACAAUUAAUUUUUCCAACAAUUGUUUACAGACAGAUUAUUUCACUUAUACUUCAUUGUAUCACAAUUCCAGUGGGUCAGAAGUUUACAUACACUAAGUUGACUGUGCCUUUAAACAGCUUGGAAAAUUCCAGAAAUUGAUGUCAUGGCUUUAGAAGCUUCUGAUAGGCUUAUUGACAUAAUUUGAGUCAAUUGGAGGUGUACCUGUGGAUGUAUUUCAAGGCCUACCUUCAAACUCAGUGCCUCUUCGCUUGACAUCAUGGGAAAAUCAAGACCUCAGGAAAAAAAAUUGUAGACCUCCACAAGUCUGGUUCAUCCUUGGGAGCAAUUUCCAAACACCUGAAGGUACCACGUUCAUCUGUACAAACAAUAGUACGCAAGUAUAAACACCAUGGGACCACGCAGCCGUCAUACCUCUCAGGAAGAUGACGCGUUCUGUCUCCUAGAGAUGAACGUACUUUGGUGCGAAAAGUGCAAAUCAAUCCCAGAACAACAGCAAAGGAACUUGUGAAGAUGCUGGAGGAAACAGGUACAAAAGUAUCUAUAUCCACAGUAAAACGAGUCCUAUAUUGACAUAACCUGAAAGGCCGCUCAGCAAGGAAGAAGCCACUGCUCCAAAACCGCCAUAAAAAAGCCAGAUUACGGUUUGCAACUGCACAUGUGGACAAAGAUCGUACUUUUGGAGGAAUGUCCUCUGGUCUGAUGAAACAAAAAUAGAACUGUUAGGCCAUAAUCACCAUCGUUACAUUUGGAGGAAAAAGGGGAUGCUUGCAAGCCGAAGAAAACCAUCCCAAACCUGAAGCAUGGGGGUGGCAGCAACAUGCUGUGGGUGUGCUUUGUUGCAGGAGGGACUGGUGCACUUCACAAAAUAGAUGGCAUCUUGAGGAAAGACAAUUAUGUGGAUAUAUUGAAGCAACAUCUCAAGACAUCAGUCAGGAAGUUAAAGCUUGGGUCUUCCAAAUGGACAAUGAUCCCAAGCAUACUUCCAAAGUUGUGGCAAAAUGGCUUAAGGACUACAAAGUCAAGGUAUUGGAGUGGCCAUCACAAAGCCCUGACCUCAAGCCUACAGAUAAUUUGUGGGCAGAACUGAAAAAGUGUGUGCGAGCAAGGAGGCCUACCAACCUAACUCAGUUACACCAGUUCUGUAAGGAGGAAUGGGCCAAUAUUCACCCAACUUAUUGUGGGAAGCUUGUGGAAGGCUAACUGAAACGUUUGACCCAAGUUAAACAAUUUAAAGGCAAUGCUACCAAAUACUAAUUGAGUGUAUGUAAACUUCUGACCCACUGGGAAUGUGAUGAAAGAAAAGCUGAAAUCCAUUCUCUCUACUAUUAUUCUGACAUUUCACAUUCUUAAAAUAAAGUGCUGAUCCUAACUGACCUAAGACAGGGAAUUUUGACUAGGAUUAAAUGUCAGUAAUUGUGAAACCUGAGUUUAAAUGUAAUUGGCUAAUGUGAAUAUUAACUUCUGACUUCAACUGUAAUACAUAACAUUAAUAGACAGCACAAGGACAGAACGACAUACGUUUAAAAUAAGAAUACAGGCUUACAUAUAUUUAUGCCUUAGCAUUCCAUGCAUCAUGUACUCAUUAUAACGGUAAUACUGCUGCCAUUAAUUUCCCCAUACAUUGCAAUCCUUUACUCUACUGUUACAAUUGCUUUGUCUAAGCAGGUCCUGAUAUCCUAAUGGCAACCUUGAAUCCUGAUAUCCUAAUUUCACAACACCAGUUCUGUAAACACCAGAGAGAAUCUCACAUCAGGAACCAGCAGUGUUCUUCUGUUUGACGCCAAUACUAUGCAUAAUUAUGUAAUUCAUAGACUCUACUGAAUGCAAUUAUGUAAAUGCAAUUAUGUGGAGUUUAACUGAAGUCGUCAACUCAUUUUCCCUGGCGUGAUCAGAGCCACAUAUUGUAUUGAUUUACAUGUAAGUUUCACCCCUGCUUUGUUCCACUGUCGUGAAGGCAGCAACCUUGUUCGCUAAAUUUCCCUGACAUGAAUAACACUACCUUGUUAGGCUAAAUUUCCCUGACAUGAAUAUAGAUACCUUGUCAUCUACAGUUUCCGCCUGUAAUGGGUAUCCUGGGGUAACAUGUAAGCUCUUGAACUUGUAGGCCAUUUUGUUACAUUACCACCUGCUAUGGGUUUCAUUAGGUAAGAUGCAAUAUUCAUGCCUUGAAUCGUGUAGAGUUUCCUCCUGCUAGAAGGUUGAACUUAAUGGUUUCCAUCUCAGCACCUUGUCUACAUUUCCAUUUUCAUUCCCCUAUAUCACAUUCAGACCCAGUAGUGUCCACCAGUCAGACACAUGCACACAUCUGCCUCCUCUAUCUCUUUGUCUUCCAGGAAAAGCCAAAAACUUUGUGGUGAAGAAAGGAGACACUCAGGACCUGCCCUAUGACUACGAUUCCAUAAUGCACUACGGAAUGUCAGUCACACUCCUCUCCUCCUUACUCCCACUAAAGUCCUCAUUUUACUCACCUUGUUUUUAAACUGCCGGCAAUAAGUAAAGAUUCAUUUUACUGGGCCUGUGUACAGUAUCCAGUUCCAGUAACAUUUCUCAGUGCGUCCCAAAUGGCUCCCUAUUUAGUGCACUACUUUUGACCCGGGCUCUGGUCAAACUAGGUGCACUAUAUUGGGAGUAGGGUGACAUUUGUGACGCAGUCUUUGUGUUAAAGUAGAAAGUUCUCUGACUGGGGGGGUAUUGUUGGGUUUCUCCUGGCAGAUAUUACUUCUCAUCAAACCAGAACCCCACCAUUGACUCCAAGAAGAGGGGAGUCCAGAUUGGACAGAGAAAUCACCUGAGCCCCCUGGACAUAACACGCCUUAACAAACUCUACCAAUGUGGUAAAGACGUGCACACAGAGAGACAGGAAAAAUAUCAGAAUUGGGCUGCCUUUGUAAAUGCAGCCAUCAUAUCACACUGUAUUCUAACCAUGUUCAUGUCCCGUCUUUCCCAGAAUAACAAUGCACAGUUUAGCACUUAUUACACCAUCGAUGAAGAUUCCAAUACCACUGCUUUUCGACUGAAGAUUCCAACACAAAAGGCCUGAUAUCUAACUUCUCUUCACGACAAUGAAUUGGAGUUGGACAAGUCUCUUAAAGCUUUCUGAUUAUGUAUUCUACGUGUCUCUGUUUGCAUGCAGUAGUUUGCUCUUGCUGCCUUGAAUUAGGCCUAUACCACUGCACUUGUCUUGUAAAUAAAUACAAUUCCCUAUACUGAAAAGAAUCCAGUCGGUAUGAUGUUGCAUGCAGUGUUCUAUUUCAUUCUAUGAUGGGUCUUCUCAGCUAUGCUCAUCGUACAUCCCAAGGUGGGACCAGAGAUUCAGUAGGGCUAGCAUAGCAGGAGAGACGACUUAAAUGAAUGGUGAUUUACACCUUGAACUUGGCCGAACAGCUAAGCAGUAGAGGCAACAAAUGAUUGAAAAACAAAGGCGCUGUAACACAGGACUUAGACAGCAGAAUGUCACCCUCUAGAAGGGUGUACUACGAAAUAGGUUUGAGGAGUUGGCGAGGUAACUUUUGUCAACUCUUGAGCUCAACUCAGGAUAACCGGUAGCACGAAAGGGGUCACCUUUUAGCCAGGUAUACUAAAAAAUAUAUAAACGCAAAGAUCUUACUAAUUUACCGUUCAUAUAACGAAGUCACUCUAUUGAAAUUAAUUAGGCCCUCAUCUAUGGAUUUCACAUGACUGGGCAGGGUUGCAGCCAUGGGUGGGCCUUGGAGGGCGUAGGCUCACCCACUGGGGAGCCAGGCCCAGCCAAUCAAUGAGUUUUCCCCACAAAAGGGCUUUAUUACAGACAGAAAUACUCGCCAGCACUCGUCUUGGCAAAGGAGAAAUGCUCACUAACAGCGACAUAAACAAAUGUGUGAACAAAAUGAGAAAUAAGCUUUUUGGUCAUAUGGAACGUUUCUGUGAUUUUAUUUCAGCUCAUGAAACAUCGGACCAACACUUUACAUGUUGCGUUUAUAUUUUUGUUCAGUGUACAUUUCCAUGGCAACAAAUCCUUUAAAAAUAACCUGCUCCGGGGCAGGCUAACUCAUAUAUCCUGAAUGAAGUGCCUGAGCUGCGAGUUAAGGACCAAUGAAAUCAGAUUCCCUCACUCUCGCUAAGAUUGCAUUAUCAUCUCGUUGACCAAUAUUGGCAAUAUUACUGUUUGUCUCUGUUGAGCCUCCGUAGUAACAAUAUAGCCAGAAACACUUCCUCAAAAUAGAUACAUCAAGAAAUCUGUAAUGAAUUUUUACGUUUUUGCCGAGGAGGUCUUUCUCGCGCAAUUUGACAUCAGCUUAGUGCAGUACUUCUCAAGUGAAAACAUUUGCAUGAAAACUAGUAGUCCACUGCAGACAUUCGGGCCUAGCUGCUGCUCUCUCAUAUCUCUCGUUGAAUGACAGCAAACACUUCAUUGAAUAAUCUCGUCCAAAGUUCCCACCCCUACUGUGAACCAAUCACCGAUGAAGGGGUGUAGACUUUGACUAUCAAACUUAGACUUGCCUCAAUAAAAAAAAUGUGUGCGCGAACAGCUGAAAUGUUUUUAUUUUAAAAUGAUCAUAAAUUAUAUGCGCAAACUCUUCGACUGGGAAGCAUGUGACAUACUUUAGCGGUAGGCGGACGAGCAAUAUCCACUUUCAUAGUACAGAUGAAGCCUGAGCUGGAAUCUGAAGCUGGCUAGAUUUAGAAAACCCUGAGUAGAUCUAGCUUCCUUCAUGGUAUACCACUCUGGGAACACCCUGGACGUAGCUUACUACAUGGGUUCUAUACUACACCAUGGACAGUACUGUAAACUACUCUAUACUACGGAUGCACACUAACACUGUCUAUACUGCACUAUGCAUGAACAGUAACACAGUCUACAUGGUUUCCCACUGUAGAUAUUUAUUUUAUGUCAAUGAUGAGGCCAACAUCAUAGCCAAUAUCCACAACACAGGAGUUUGAAGUGUAGGGAGUGCUUAUCAUGUAAUAUAAUAAUAAUAUGCCAUUUAGCAGACGCUUUUAUCCAAAGCGAUUUACACUCAUGUGUGCCUACAUUUUUGCGUAUGGGUGGUCCCAGGGAUCGAACCCACUACCCUGGCGUUACAAGCGCCGUGCUCUACCAAUUGAGCUACAGAGGACCACCCAUACAGAGCUACAUGUCCCUCGAGGAGGCUAAAAAGAGAUUUAGACUUGGAAAAGUUUAAUAUUUUCAGAAGGAUUCGGGUAAUUGGUUAAGGGAGGAGGAUUGGAGGGAAAGAGAGAGGAGGGUGAAAAGACAGGGAGGCAGAGGAUGGGUUUGUAUCUGUUGAAGCUUGCAGUUAGAAGGGAGAGGGUAUGUAGAGGAAGAUUGGUGUCAAGUUCAAACAGAGUGGACUAGACAUGAGUUCGAGUUCUGAAGAUGAAAUGGAAGUGGUAGAAGGUGUUGUGAGGAGCUUGGAGCCCGUGCCUUGCAUUGAUGGACAUGGUUAUGAUGAUGAUACGUUUGGUCCAGUGGGAGUGAGAUUUUUUGAGAGGGUGGAACCAGGCCUUUUGGCUAAUUCAUCAGUGGUUUCAGGUUGGGUGGAAAAGAUGAUGGGUGCUGUUGAGCCGGUGAAGGUAACCCUAAGUGGAGGUGUCCGGUGCGAGAGAGGCAGGUUGAGGUGGCCAGGGUCAUUGUAGUGCACAUGAUGUUGUAUGCUGAGGCAGUGAAGAAAGUAGAGGAGGUUGGAUCAAGGGUGAGAGAUUCUGAGAGGAUCCCUGUGAAUAGUAGAUCUGUGCCAGAACAGAGGGAUAGGCCAAUGAGUGAUAUAUGUUUCAGUAAGGUUGGCUUCUUAGCAUUCAUAGCAAUGGUUAUCAACUGUAACACAGAGAUGGAACGUAAGUCAUAGAAAAUAGAUGUUGUGGUGGCAGUUGCAGAGAGGUAUUUGGGGGUACGAGAUUUGAUUUCAGAAGAGUUAAAGGGUGUGUUGAGUGGUAGUGUCCGGUCCUCUCGGGUCGUUGGCCUGUGUUAGGAUCAGAUAGGGUUAAAGUAGUGGAAUAAGGUGGUGGGUUUCAAUGAGUGUAGGGUUAGUUGGUAGGGAAAUUAAAAAAAUAUUUUUAUUGCAUUCUUCUCGUUUCCCCUUUUCCCUUAUUGUAUCACAAAGUGUAAUGGAUUUAUGCUAUAGUUCAGUUGGGGGCGGUAAUGCAAGAUAUUGGAUGCAAACCAUCUCUAAACCUCAACGAAGAAGAAGAAGAAGAAGAAGCAUGCACCUGUUCUUUUGUGAUUGCUGCCCUGCCCACUCUUUGACUGGAAGGAGAGUGAGUACACAAUUUGUUUGUGCAGCUGCUUUGGUUAUUUUCUCCCAAAUCCUGGUGGACAAUCGUCGUUGCAACAUGCUUUGGCUUCUGAUUCUCAUCUGGUUUGUCCAAGGUAGGACCAGUCAUUUUGUAUUUGUGACAUCCUACUUUUGAGUAUUUUCCAUUUGAUGUAGUCCAGCACAAUCCCACUGCAGGCACCAAUUGGUUGACCAUGUUCUUAUGUAACAUAUAUUAUGUUUCACUUCUGUAUUUCAGUGGGCAGUGUUCCCAUCGACAAUUCCACAAAUUCUACUACUUCAAAUGCUACUUUCCCUGCCACAGGUAGGUAGGCUUGCAUUGGGGACCAGUUAUUUUGUUAGGUGAUAAGCUGAAUGCUAGGCCUAUCUUCUGUUUUCCAUUUUUUUAUUUAACGUAGGCCAGCACCACUGCAAAACUAUGUUUUCUCUUCCUCUUUAUAAUGUUUUUUCUGUAUUUCAGUGGACAAUUCUACAAACCCCAUAAACAAUUCUACAAAUGCGACGUUCUCUGCCACAGGUAGGCCUCUAUUGUGAUUCUCAAGUCAGUCUCUUGGCGUGAUGGGCCUAAAGAAACAAUUCAAUCGCUUGUCUUCAAGUUUAUGGCUUAUCUAUCAAACAUAAAAUGAUAUUGCAAAAUGAGUUUAAUGUUCACAAUUCCUUUUAGGUUCUGCUGCCUCAAUGGGGCCACGUCACAGACAAAAUGAUUGGGUUAAAGCGGCUGAAACCAGAGAAGGUAACACAUUUAUUAGAUGAAGCAGAACCUGGACCUCUACCAUGAGGUCUGGAGUUUAAUGGCACUGGAGGUAGUGACUUGUAACGAGUACAUGUCGUGUCAGUGUGGUUGUUUCAGACCGACUCUCUCUGUUACAGAGGACUUACAGUUCGACCUUGCUAUUGUGGAAGGAGACAUUAUGAUUUCGGUGAGUCUAUGAUCCCUACUGUCUAGGUCCUGUUACUUCGUCUUUUAGGCUGAUGAAUCAGACUGUGAUACCAGCUUCUGGUAUACACAGCCAGAAACUAAUGACUGCAAAAUCGUUCAAGCCAGAAUGUUGAAUAAAAUUACAUUUGAACUUACUCUACGGGUAAGUUUGAAAUUCACUGCUCGACUGAGGGACCUUAAAGAUAAUUGUAUGUGUGGGGUACGGUGAUGAGGUAGUCAUUCAAAAAUCAUGUUAAACACUAUUAUUGCACAUUGAGUCCAUGCAAAUAACUGUGACUUGUUAUGCACAUUUUUACUCCUGAACUUAUUUGGGGUUGAAAUACUUGACUCAAGACAUUUCAGCUUUUAAUUUUCAAUUAGUGUAAACAUUUCGAAAAACAUAAUUCCACUUUGACAUUAUGGGGUAUUGUGUGUAGGCCAGUGACGACAAAAUCUCAAUUUAAUAAUAGUGGGCGUGGCCAAUGGCAGCGUUUUAGAGGCCCUCUAGGCCGCAGAGUUAAUUUCCUGAAAUUAUACACAUUUUCCCAUGUCAUAUUCCUUGUUCUUAUGCUCUGAGUGACUCAAAGAUAAUAACAAAAUCAAUAGGGCCCACAUUCCAUGCCAUUGUGGGAAUUUUAGAUUCUCCCGGAAUGUAGUUUUAUUUUGGUGAUUAUUAGUUCUCAAAAAUCGUAUAAAAAAAAUACUGCGUGUACAUAACAUUAUGAACACUUUCCUAAUAUUGAGUUACACCUCCUUUUGCCCUCAGAACAGCCUCAAUUUGUAGGGGCAUGGACUCUACAAGGUGUCAAGCGUUCCACAGGGAUGCUGGCCCAUGUUGACUCCAAUGCUUCCCACCGUUGUGUCAAGUUGCCUGGUAGUGGAUCUCUAUUUCCGAAUACCUCGUUCCAUCUCCUCCCACAGGUGCUCAAUUGGAUUGAGAUUUGGUGACUGGGCAGGCCAAUGCAGUAAGCUGAAUUCACUGUCAUGUUCGUGGAACCAUUCCUGGACAAUCCUAGCCUUCUGGCAUGGUGCAUUAUAAUGCUGAAAAAAAUCAAUUCUCAGAUGGAUACACUGCUGCUAUGAAGAGAUGCAUCUGAUUUUCAAUGAUGCUCAGAUAUCCUGUGGCAUUCAAACGUUGCUCCACUUUUAUCAAGUGGCCCAAUAUGUGACAUGAAAAAGCAUCCGACAGCAUGGCAUCACCACCACCACUCACCAGCCUGCAAUGUCGACACGCGGCAUGAUAGAUGUAUGUACUCGUGGUUUUCUCCAUACCCUAGUCCUCAGCGUGAAACGUCAAGAACCGGGAUUCAUCAGACCAGACAACGUUUUUCCAAUUCUCCAGUGUUUCCACUGCCCUGCCGUUGGCCGGAUGUCCUUUAGGUGGUGGACCAUCUUUGACACAUGGGAAACUGAGUGUGAAAAACCCAGCAACGUUGCAGUUCUUGACACACUCAAACUGGUGAGCCUGGCACCUACUACCAUACCCUGUUCAAACGCACUUACAUCUUUUGUCUUGCCUAUCCACCCUCUGAAUGGCACAGAUACACAAUCCAUGUCUCAAGGCUUAACAAUCCUCCUUUUAACUUGUCUCCUCCCCUUUAUAUACACUGAUUGAAGUGGAAUUAACAGGUGGCCUCAAUAAGGAUCAAAGCUUUCACCUGGUCAGUCUGUCAUGGAAAUAGCAGGUGUUCCUAAUGUUUUGUACACUGUGUAUAUUGCUCCGUUACCUUUUCUACAUACUUAAUGUGGUUUAAGUCGUUUCAGUUUACACUGCAAAGAUUUUUCAUUCAGAAUUGUCAAACAUUCAUAGGGGAAACGCUGAAAUAAUUAAUCUGAGGCCUAUACUCUAGCGACAGCUGGAUUUAAGUCGAGGUGUUGAUUUGUCCUACAGGAAGACCGAUUAGCUGUGAAGUCACUUUGGCCGACGAAAGAAGGCGUCACUUCUAUCCCCUACAAGAUCAACGAUGAUCUGGGUGAGUGUUGAAGACAGUAGGAGAGGUGAAUACUGUAAAACACUAGAUGUUUCCAAUACAGUGGGAAUGGUAUGCACCGUCUAAUGGUAGAUUUGUCUCUGAUCCACACAGUGGCCAGAAAGAAAACUAUCCUAGCAGCGUUCAAGAUGAUUUCAGACCGGACGUGUAUCCGCUUCCACGAAUACACCAAUGAGAUUAACUACAUAGAGUUCAUCUCUGGGAAAGGGUGAGUCCAAAGUGGGCACAUUAACACAUUCUCUCCAUCCCAGCAGUUUACAGUUAACUCACCUCUCCUCCCUUUUCCUGUGUUCAAUCCUUUAUUUUUUCCCUCUUCCUGUCAUAUCCUCUCUUACUCCUCCGUUUCUCUCCUCCCCCUUCUCUCACCUUUUUUCUCUUUCUUCACUUCACUCUAGCUGUGCGUCAUAUGUAGGUUUUCAGGGCGGGGCCCAGCAUCUGUACUUCGGUAGAGCCUGUAACGAGGGGAACCUGUGUCAUGAGCUGAUGCAUGCCCUGGGCCUGCACCACGAACACACACGGCCGGACCGUGACCAAUACGUCACCAUACAGUGGGACAACGUGGUCACAGGUAACUCGCACCAACACAACCUACUUAACCACCUGACGGGCAUUGCAUGUGGAUCAGGGGCAGGGAUGGUCAAUGUAUCCCACGGAUAGCUGAAGUGUGCAGGCUUUUGUACCAGCCCAACACUAACACACCUAAUUCCGCUUUUUGUGGUCUGGAGUGAAGACCGUAUAGGAUAACUAUUGACAUAUAGUAUUUUAUUAGGAUCCCCAUUAGCUACUGCUAAAGUAGCAGUCACUCUUCCUGGGGUCCACACUACAUACAGUUGAAGUCGGAAGUUUAUAUGCACGUAGGUUUUUCAACCACUCCACAAAUGUCUUGUUAACAAACUACAGUUUUGGCAAGUCGGUUAGGACAUCUACUUUGUGCUAGACGCAAGUAUUUUUUCCAACAAUUGUUUACAGACAGAUUAUUUCACUUAUAAUUAAUUGUAUCACAAUUCCAGUGGGUCAGAAGUUUACAUACACUAAGUUGACUGUGCCUUUAAACAGCUUGGAAAACUCCAGAAAUUGAUGUCAUGGCUUUAGAAGCUUCUGAUAGGCUUAUUGACAUAAUUUGAGUCAAUUGGAGGUGUACCUGUGGAUGUAUUUCAAGGCCUACCUUCAAACUCUGUGCCUCUUCGCUUGACAUCAUGGGAAAAUCAAGACCUCAGGAAAAAAAAUUGUAGACCUCCACAAGUCUGGUUCAUCCUUGGGAGCAAUUUCCAAACGCCUGAAGGUACCACGUUCAUCUGUACAAACAAUAGUACGCAAGUAUAAACACCAUGGGACCACGCAGCCGUCAUACCGCUCAGGAAGAUGACACGUUCUGUCUCCUAGAGAUGAACGUACUUUGGCGCGAAAAGUGCAAAUCAAUCCCAGAACAACAGCAAAGGAACUUGUGAAGAUGCUGGAGGAAACAGGUACAAAAGUAUCUAUAUCCACAGUAAAACGAGUCCUAUAUUGACAUAACCUGAAAGGCCGCUCAGCAAGGAAGAAGCCACUGCUCCAAAACCGCCAUAAAAAAGACAGAUUACGGUUUGCAACUGCACAUGUGGACAAAGAUCGUACUUUUGGACGUAUGUCCUCUGGUCUGAUGAAACAAAAAUAGAACUGUUAGGCCAUAAUCACCAUCGUUAUGUUUGGAGGAAAAAGGGGAUGCUUGCAAGCCGAAGAAAACCAUCCCAAACCUGAAGCAUGGGGGUGGCAGCAACAUGCUGUGGUGGUGCUUUGCUGCAGGAGGGACUGGUGCACUUCACAAAAUAGAUGGCAUCAUGAGGAAGGACAAUUAUAUGGAUAUAUUGAAUCAACAUCUCAAGACAUCAGUCAGGAAGUUAAAGCUUGGGUCUUCCAAAUGGACAAUGACCCCAAGCAUACUUCCAAAGUUGUGGCAAAAUGGCUUAAGGACUACAAAGUCAAGGUAUUGGAGUGGCCAUCACAAAGCCCUGACCUCAAUCCUACAGAAAAUUUGUGGGCAGAACUGAAAAAGUGUGUGCGAGCAAGGAGGCCUACCAACCUAACUCAGUUACACCAGUUCUGUAAGGAGGAAUGGGCCAAUAUUCACCCAACUUAUUGUGGGAAGCUUGUGGAAGGCUAACUGAAACGUUUGACCCAAGUUAAACAAUUUAAAGGCAAUGCUACCAAAUACCAAUUGAGUGUAUGUAAACUUCUGACCCACUGGGAAUGUGAUGAAAGAAAAGCUGAAAUCCAUUCUCUCUACUAUUAUUCUGACAUUUCACAUUCUUAAAAUAAAGUGCUGAUCCUAACUGACCUAAGACAGGGAAUUUUGACUAGGAUUAAAUGUCAGUAAUUGUGAAACUGAGUUUAAAUGUAAUUGGCUAAUGUGAAUAUUAACUUCUGACUUCAACUGUAAUACAUAACAUUAAUAGACAGCACAAGGACAGAACGACAUACGUUUAAAAUAAGAAUACAGGCUUACAUAUAUUUAUGCCUAACCAUUCCAUGCAUCAUGUACUCAUUAUAACGGUAAUACUGCUGCCAUUAAUUUCCCCAUACAUUGCAAUCCUUUGCUCUACUGUUACAAUUGCUUUGUCUAAGCAGGUCCUGAUAUCCUAAUUUCACAACACCAGUUCUGUAAACACCAGAGAGAAUCUCACAUCAGGAACCAUCAGUGUUCUUCUGUUUGACGCCAAUACUAUGCAUAAUUAUGUAAUUCAUAGACUCUACUGAAUGCAAUUAUGGAAAUGCAAUAAUGUGGAGUUUAACUGAAGUCGUCAACUCAUUUUCCCUGGCGUGAUCAGAGCCACAUAUCGUAUUGAUUUACAUGUAAGUUCCACCCCUGCUUUGUUCCACUGUCGUGAAGGCAGCAACCUUGUUCGCUAAAUUUCCCUGACAUGAAUAACACUACCAUGUUAGGCUAAAUUUCCCUGACAUGAAUAUAGAUACCUUGUCAUCUACAGUUACCGCCCGUAAUGGGUAUCCUGGGGUAACAUGUAAGCUCUUGAACUUGUAGGCCAUUUUGUUACAUUACCACCUGCUAUGGGUUUCAUUAGGUAAGAUGCAAUAUUCAUGCCUUGAAUCGUGUAGAGUUUCCUCCUGCUAGAAGGUUGAACUUAAUGGUUUCCAUCUCAGCACCUUGUCUACAUUUCCAUUUUCAUUCCCCUAUAUCACAUUCAGACCCAGUAGUGUCCACCAGUCAGACACAUGCACACAUCUGCCUCCUCUAUCUCUUUGUCUUCCAGGAAAAGCCAAAAACUUUGUGGUGAAGAAAGGAGACACUCAGGACCUGCCCUAUGACUACGAUUCCAUAAUGCACUACGGAACGUCAGUCACACUCCUCUCCUCCUUAUUCCCACUAAAGUCCUCAUUUUACUCACCUUGUUUUUAAACUGCCAGCAAUAAGUAAAGAUUCAUUUUACUGGGCCUGUGUACAGUAUCCAGUUCCAGUAACAUUUCCCAGUGCGUCACCAAAUGGCUCCCUAUUUAGUGCACUACUUUUGACCCGGGCUCUGGUCAAACUAGGUGCACUAUAUUGGGAGUAGGGUGACGUUUGUGACGCAGUCUUUGUGUUAAAGUAGCAAGUUCUCUGACUAGGGGGGUAUUGUUGGGUUUCUCCUGGCAGAUAUUACUUCUCAUCAAACCAGAACCCCACCAUUGACUCCAAGAAGAGGGGAGUCCAGAUUGGACAGAGAAAUCACCUGAGCCCCCUGGACAUAACACGCCUUAACAAACUCUACCAAUGUGGUAAAGACGUGCACACAGAGAGACAGGAAAAAUAUCAGAAUUGGGCUGCCUUUGUAAAUGCAGCCAUUACACAGUGGGGAAAAAAAGUAUUUAGUCAGCCACCAAUUGUGGAAAUUCUCCCACUUAAAAAGAUGAGAGGCCUGUAAUUUUCAUCAUAGGUACACGUCAACUAGGACAGACAAAAUGAGAGAGAAAAAAUCCAGAAAAUCACAUUGUAGGAUUUUUAAUGAAUUUAUUUGCAAAUUAUGGUGGAAAAUAAGUAUUUGGUCAAUAACAAAAGUUUCUCAAUACUUUGUUAUAUACCCUUUAUUGGCAAUGACACAGGUCAAACGUUUUCUGUAAGUCUUCACAAGGUUUUCACACACUGUUGCUGGUAUUUUGGCCCAUUCCUCCAUGCAGAUCUCCUCUAGAGCAGUGAUGUUUUGGGGCUGUCGCUGGGCAACACGGACUUUCAACUCCCUCCAAAGAUUUUCUAUGGGGUUGAGAUCUGGAGACUGGCUAGGCCACUCCAGGACCUUGAAAUGCUUCUUACGAAGCCACUCCUUCGUUGCCCGGGCGGUGUGUUUGGGAUCAUUGUCAUGCUGAAAGACCCAGCCACGUUUCAUCUUCAAUGCCCUUGCUGAUGGAAGGAGGUUUUCACUCAAAAUCUCACGAUACAUGGCCCCAUUCAUUCUUUCCUUUACACCGAUCAGUCGUCCUGGUCCCUUUGCAGAAAAACAGCCCCAAAGCAUGAUGUUUCCACCCCCAUGCUUCACAGUAGGUAUGGUGUUCUUUGGAUGCAACUCAGCAUUCUUUGUCCUCCAAACACGACGAGUUGAGUUUUUACCAAAAAGUUAUAUUUUGGUUUCAUCUGACCAUAUGACAUUCUCCCAAUCCUCUUCUGGAUCAUCCAAAUGCACUCUAGCAAACUUCAGACGGGCCUGGACAUGUACUGGGGACACGUCUGGCACUGCAGGAUUUGAGUCCCUGGCGGCGUAGUGUGUUACUGAUGGUAGGCUUUGUUACUUUGGUCCCAGCUCUCUGCAGGUCAUUCCCUAGGUCCCCCCGUGUGGUUCUGGGAUUUUUGCUCACCGUUCUUGUGAUCAUUUAAUCCCCACGGGGUGAGAUCUUGCCCCAGAUCGAGGGAGAUUAUCAGUGGUCUUGUAUGUCUUCCAUUUCCUAAUAAUUGCUCCCACAGUUGAUUUCUUCAAACCAAGCUGCUUACCUAUUGCAGAUUCAGUCUUCCCAGCCUGGUGCAGGUCUACAAUUUUGUUUCUGGUGUCCUUUGACAGCUCUUUGGUCUUGGCCAUAGUGGAGUUUGGAGUGUGACUGUUUGAGGUUGUGGACAGGUGUCUUUUAUACUGAUAACAAGUUUAAACAGGUGCCAUUAAUACAGGUAACGAGUGGAGGACAGAGGAGCCUCUUAAAGAAGAAGUUACAGGUCUGUGAGAGCCAGAAAUCGUGUUUGUUUGUAGGUGACCAAAUACUUAUUUUCCACUAUAAUUUGCAAAUAAAUUCAUUAAAAAUCCUACAAUGUGAUUUUCUGGAGAAAAAAAAUCUCCAUUUGUCUGUCAUAGUUGACGUGUACCUAUGAUGAAAAUUACUCUAAUCUUUUUAAGUGGGAGAACUUGCACAAUUGGUGGCUGACUAAAUACUUUUUCCCACCACUGUAUCACACUGUAUUCUAACCAUGUUCAUGUCCCGUCUUUCCCAGAAUAACAAUGCACAGUUUAGCACUUAUUACACCAUCGAUGAAGAUUUCAAUACCACUGCUGUCGACUGAAGAUUCCAACACAAAAGGCACUGACAUCUAACUUCUCUUCACGACAAUGAAUAGGAGUUGGACAAGUCCCUUAAAGCUUUCUGAUUAUGUAUUCUACGUUUCUCUGUUUGCAUGCAGUAGUUUUAUUUCUCCUGUGUGCUCUUGCUGCCUUGAAUUAGGCCUAUACCACUGCUCUUGUCUUGGAAAUAAAUAAAAUUGCCUAGACUGAAAAUAAUCCAGUCGGUGUGAUGUUGCAUGCAGUGUUCUAUUAUAUUCUAUGAUGGGUCUUCUCAGCUAUGCUCAUCAUACAUCCCAAGGUGGGAUCAGGCGCGUGUGUGUAUUUUGUGUGGAGUGUACUGGGUCAUUAUGUCUCGGUGACCGUCAGAAGGUCCGCUGCCUAACGCUGCGUGA